UUUGUUAGUGUGAAGGUUAUCAUGAUGGCUGUGUGUUCUACGUUUUCUUCUGAAAUUUUGAAACGGUUCGUUCCUUCUGUAGUAGCUUUGUCGUCUACUGCACUAUCUGUUGUUCCAGUACGAUGUGCAUCAAAGAAAGCUGGUGGCAGCUCAAGAAAUCAUGGAGGCAAAAGUCGAGGAAAAUCUUAUGGUCUGAAAAAGGCAGAAGGUGAAUUUGUUCAUGCAGGUAACAUUCUGGCAACACAGAGGCUCAUGCGGUGGUAUCCAGGAGCCAAUGUGGGUUUGGGCCAUAGAUAUACAUUGUUUGCCUAUGAAGAUGGAUUUGUCAGAUACACCAAAGAGGUCCAUGUUCCGCCACCUCACAGUGAGGAAGCCCAAAAAGUGAUUUGCAAAUUACCAGUAGGAGCAGUAUUGUAUAAAACCUUCAUCAAUGUGCACCCUGUAAAACAGGAAGGACGCUUCAAGCUUGUUGAUAUGAUGUAAAUUGCUUCUCCAGGUACCUAUGAUACACUGGUGAUAAUGAGACUUCCAUAAAUCAUCAGCCAUCAUAUUAUGUGCUUCAUCACAAGUCUUCAAAAUUAAUUGCGACUUUCAUCAGGUGACCUGAAGCAUUUUGUUAAAUACUGUCUUUGGUAACAGAAUUCAGCAAGAAAAACCUUGGCAGUAGAUUUUUUUCGUUUUCACACUUGGUAUCCUUCAGUGACUUGGGCACCUGCUUGUAUACAACAUUGUACUUGGUGGUUUCAGACCUGGAAUGGAACAUAUUAUUGUAUUAAAACAUUGUUUGAUUAUAAAA